AUGAAAAAAUAUCAUUUAUCUUUUCUAGCAAUAUUUUUAAAUAUUCUUCAAUUGAUAAAUGGCUAAUUGCCAUAAAAUUGGGUUUAUUCUCCAUAGUAUAGUUAUUUGGUGAAAGCUAACAAUUAGCAAAGCUUGUUUUCUAAAAUAUUAGUUAGCUCUUCAACAGGAUUAAUUUUUAUUUCAGCAGGAGAUGAUGGCAUUAAAGUGAUUGAUCCAAAUUAAUAGUUUAAUGUGACUGCAUCCUUAAAAACAAAAGAGCAUAUAGAAGGUUUUGCUAUCACUUAAGAUGCAAAUUACAUUUUUCUUUCUAAAAGCAGUAUGCUAACGAUUUAUUCUUUUAAUGUGAAUACAUUUACAUAAGUAGGAUAAGAUAAUUAAUAGGUCUUUAUAACAGACAUUAUAAUUAACAAAGCAGAAGAUACAUUGUAUAUUCUUCAAGUUAAUGGAGUUGUUCGUAUAUUAGAUAUAUCUUAAAAAAGCAAUCCUACUUUUAUAGGUUAAAUAACGUGGUAUCCUUAGCAAAUAUAUGGGGCUUUUUUAUCUGAUGAUGAGAAGUUUCUCUUUAUUUCCUAGGACUACUAGGGUUUAGGUAUAUUUACAAUAAAUAAACAAAAGAAAUAAAUAACAGGUAAGCUUUUAGGAUCUUACCCAGGAGCUACAUAAGGAAGUUCUCAUAAGUCAUUAAUUACUCCUGACAAAAGGUAUUUAAUAAACUUAGAUUAAAGAAAUGGUUUAAGUUUUGCUGAUUUUUCAUAAGUGAUAAAUGCAGAUCUUAAUCAUUCACCUUAUUCCUUUUAAUACUUUCUAAAUUAAUGGUGGCCUUCUGAAGUGACUGUGCCUUCUCCUUACUCAAUGUGCCUUUCUAAGGAUAGUAAUUUUUUGUUUAUAGGAGUAAGAUCUAUAGGAAUUUACACAAUAGAUAUUACUAAUAUAUAUUCUCCUUCCACAUACAUAUGGGCAUAUUUCUCUCACCAUGGAAACUCAAUAGCUCUAUCACCUACUUCUAAUUAUCUUUAUUUUUCUAAUUCAGUAUCCUUUAUGGCUUUUAGAAGGAUGAAACCUUUACUUGGAAAUAAAUAUGUAAGCUUGUAUAAUGGGAAUCACUCUGUAAGUUUUAAUUAUUCAGAUACAAGAUAUUAUUGGAGAUGCGAUUUUGAUCCUUACAGAUAAAUAUAUAUUGGAGCUUUUGAUACAGAUGGACUUUGGUUUAUUGAUACAAGUAAUCCAGUUAAUCUCACUUCUAUUUAAAGCUCAUAUAAGCCACCAGGUUCAAAUGCAAAUAUAGAUGUAUUUUAUCCUUUGAAUAACUAUAAAGUCUUGAUUACUCCUAUGAAUGAUGGAGUAAAUUUUAUAGCAGUGCUAGAUGUUUCAAGCUAUACAAAUAUACAAGUCAUUUAGAAAGUUCCACUUGGACUACCCGUAAAUGGUUAUGUAAAAGAUAUAGAUGGUAAUUCUUAAAAUACUUUAAUUGUAGUUGCUAUUGAUAGAGUUAUUGUAUUUGUAGAUAUAAAAACAAUCGGUAGCUUUUUUGUUAUAGCCCUCUGGGAAUUCUUGCCAUACAUGAAAGGUUUAACAACCGGAGUUAUGCUUUCUUAUAACUAAAAAUAUUUUAUAGGAGCAUGUAGAGGUUAUGGAUAUUUUGUUUUGGAUAUUUAAGAUUUCAAAAAUAUUAAAUUGGUGAAUUACAUUGAAUCAAAUGGAGCAGAAUAAGUAUAUAAAUCUACAACAUUUAACUAUUAGUACUAUCUUAUAGAUGGACUUGGAGGACUUUAUAUUAUGGAUUAAACUAAACUUCCACAAUUUAUACAGUUUUCACAAAUCGAUAUAGAAGGUUGGACAAAUGAUAUAACUUAUUUACAGAACGAGUAAACCGUAAUUGUUGCUACUAUGUAGUAGGGUAUGAUCUAUUUAAUAGAUAUAUCAGAUAAUCAAAAUCCUUUUAUUGUAUCGAGUUACUAAUAUUCAUAAUAAAAUGGAUUUGUCUCUUGUGCCACUUAAGAUUUUUCUAAAUUAUUUAUAGAUAAUAAUCUAGAAAUGAGAUUGCUUCCUCUUACAGUUCCUGUCUAGUUACACACCGAUUACUUAGAAAUCUUAGGUUAUACAGAAUAAGGAGAUAUGAUUUUUAAUAUAAUUAAUGAUCCUGAUAGUUUUAAGUUUUUAGUUGGGUAAAAAAUUAAAUUAAAUUUUUGUUUUUUGUAUGAGCCAUUGGAUUUGGUUGUUAGUAAUGUCAAAUUUAUACAAAACUAAGUUGAACUUCCUUUUCCUACAUGGAUAGUUUAUGAUCCGGUUGAAAUAUCUGCAGUGGUUACUAUCACAAAUAAUGCAGUUAAUCCAGCAAAUCUUAGCUAACCUCUUUUAAAUACACUUGUUUUAACAACAAUAAGGCCACUCAGCAAAUAUGAUUUUUUAUUCAAAACUAAAAGCUGCACAACAAGCCUUGAAUAAGCAGAAGCUAUAUUUAAUCAAUUGUAAGAAGAUGGAAUAAUAGACGAAAACAAUUUAGUACCUUCCACUCUUUCUUUUAACAGCUUAUAAUUUAUUUAAAUGAAAAAUACUAAUCUCUUUCCCAACUCGACACCAAAAUAAUAAGACGAUAAUUAUAGAUUAAGCUAAUAACUAAAAUAUACACUACUGAAUUCAAUUCAAAACACUCCAGUUUAUUUCUUAGUUUAUCCGUCUUUAAAUCUUGUUAUAGAUGGAUCAACUCAAUCUUACAUUUCGACUACAGCUCCUUUAGUUAGUAUUUAAAUAGAAAUUCCUAAAUUUUAUGGGAAAUUUAUCUUUUCAAAUUAAGUUUCUGUAAAUAUCUCAGUAAACCCUGAGAUGAAUAUUAUCAUUAUAACUGGGAGAUCUUAAAACGUGAACAACUUUUUAUCAUAAAAAGUAAUUAUCUUUCCAAUAUCACCUAUAAAAUAUAGAGAUAUCACAGCUACUAUUACUAUAACUGAUUCAAUGAAUUAUCCAAUUGUGAAAACUGCAAAAACGUUUCAGUUUCCAUUUUUAUCUGAAAAACAAAAUAUUCAAUAAAACCCUAAUAAAAAAUUGCAAAACUAGUUUGAAGAUGACAUUGAAAUUGAAACAUAAUUUAGCUUUGGGAUAGAUCCUCAAACCUUUAUAGUUCCAGAUAUAAAUACAAAAGUUACUUAUACUAUUUUGCGAAUGAAAGGUGGAUAGUUUGUGCCAUUAGAUAACUCAGAUUGGCUUCAAUUUGAUAAUCAAUUAAAUAAAUUUUACGGAAUACCUCCUCAAAGCGCUUUUUAAACGAGUAUAGAAAUAGAAGUAUUAGGCUCUGAUGGAUACACAAGCACUUCUUAGACUUUUGUUAUACAUGUAACUAGAUUGCCUUUAACAUUACUACUUUAGUUACUAGUAACUAUUUUAGGCCCUUUAACUGGAUUGUUUGGUUUGUAUAAAUUCAGAGGAGAUUUUUAUAAUAUAUUUUAUAGCAAAAGAAAUAUGUACAGCAGAGUUUCUUGUAAACCAAACCAACAAUUCAUUCUUAAAAUACCAUUAAUAUUAAAUGAAGUAACAAGUUCUAUAGAUAUUAUGAAUAGCUUGGAGAAAAAGCUUAAAAGUAUAUAAAAGCAACAAAAGAAGUUAAUAAAAAUGCUUAGGUUGCCUCCUUCAGAGAGAUAAUCACUAGAUUAACAACAACAAAACUAAAGAUCGAAUAAAAAAAAAGUUACUAAAUUAAUGAAAUUAAACACCACUAUAACUCAAGGAAUUAAUUACUUUUAAGAAUUAGUUUCUGUAAAUAUAAAUUCAAUUGCUUAAAAUUAUAAAAAAAGGCUUGAAACCUUGCAAAAGUCAGAGAAGAAAUCUCAAUUCGAAAAAUUUUAUUUAAAAAGCAAUGGAUCUUUAGAUUAUUAGCUAUUUUUAGAGCAUAUAAUUGAGUAUGACUUUAAAUUUAAAUUUAACAACUAAAACACAUCAACCAAAUUAAUGAAAGAAGAGCUGACUAAAGAGCAUAGUGCAUUGGAGUAGUGUCUUAAAUUCUAAUUAGCUAUAAAGCUAAUGAAGUUUGAUUAAAAAAGUUAAGUUGUAUUUGAUUUUCUGAAAUACUACUCUCUAGUCACAAACCCUAAUCUAACAAAUAACGACUGGUACAAAUACUUAAUCAAUAUUAAAUAAACAGAUGAUUUAGAUACUUUUGGUAAUGCAAUUGUUUUCCCUAGUUUUUCUUUUUAUUAUUUAAGACUGUCAAAAGCACUGAAACUGAUAGACAUUUAGAUAGAUAAAGAGAUUUUAAAUUUAGAAUUUAGUGAAGAAAUAUUAAUAAAUUAAAAAAAAGAAAGAAUAUAUGAUUAAAUUUACAAAGAUAAAGAAAUUAAUUUAUAUUUGAUUGAACAGUAUAUGUACUCUCAUGCUGCUGGAGUUAAAAGUAAACUUCCAAAUUCUUUUUUUCCAAGUAUAGGAGAAAGUAUCUAUAUUGAUUCUCAUGAAAUCAAUAGUCUAGUAGCUUUAAGAUAUAAUCCUGGAGCUUGUGAGUGCUUUGAAAAAUUUUUUGGUUUAGAUUUCAAGCCCUAUGGACCAUAAGGUAAUAUUUAACUUCCGAAUUGGCUUUCGUUGGAAACUCUACCAAGUUUAAUUGUCUUAAAAGGAAAACCUGAUUUUUCUAAUGCUGAAGAUUUAUUAAUUAAAAUAUCUACAAUAUAAAACUACAAUAUUAGAAAAUUUAUGCUUAAUGUUGAAAAGGAUUUAAUUUAAUUUAAUCAUUUCAGAAAAUCAAUUUUAUCAAAAAAACAAACCCCAAAAAAUAAACAUUUCAAAAAAAAAGGUUAGCGAAUGGACAUUCCUAUUAGUAGCUCAUUCAAUAGCAAAAAAAAUUAAACUUAAAGACUUACAUACAGCAAAAAGGGAAAAUCUUAAAAUUAAAAUUAAUUGAUAUAAUUUUCAGAAGAGGAAGAAGAGGAGUUAUCAAAUAUAGAAUCUGGGUAAAAAUCAAAUAGAUAGUAACAAACAAACACAAAUAUAAUCAAUUUUGAAAAUAUAUUUUCUAAUAAUAUUUGA